AUGGUCCUUAUGCCUUCGCUUGUCCAUCAGUUAUUCGGCAAGCGGUCCACUGUUCUCUCUGGACAAGACUUUCUAGGGUGGAUUUUCACGAAGUAUUUUGGCGAUGGUGGAGCAACCGCAAACAUGGACUCUAAAAUGUUUCAGACAGUCCACCAGAGUAUAAACUCGUUACUUAAAGAACCAUUUCUUUCAAGCGCCACCGAGAAGACCGUUCGGCUCGUUGAAACACAUACACCGACUUUGAUCUCAUUCGGUUCCAAGGCUACGGCGCAGGCAGUAUGGGAAAGCAUGGCCAAUAUUGUUCGAGAUGGAAAAUCGGCUGAGGUGGACCUUUUUCCGUUGAUGAUGAAUUUCGUUGCGGAUGUUGCUACCAAUGUUCUCAUGGGAGAUGCAUUUCUCAAAAACAACCCUGGAAUUACGCAAGACCUUUGGGAGUUCGACAGCAAGUUCAAUGCUCUGCUGAAUGGCAUACCAGGCAUAGCCCCCGGUCUUGGCAAAGCGAAAGCAGCCAGGAAAAGGCUGAACUCCGCCAUUUCCGAAUGGAAUCAUGCGGCGAUGGAUACAAUGAACGGAAAACAGGUCGAUGAGAAAUGGACGGACAUGUCUGAUAUCUCCGAGUCAAUGCGGAACAGACUUGUGUCAUUGCAGAACAUCGACGCACCUGAACCGUUUGCUAUCGCUCAGAACUUAGCGAUUUAUUGGGGCUUAAUGGUCAAUGCUAACAAAAUAAAUUUCUGGAUGUUGCUUCAUAUCAUCUCUUCCCCGAAGCUGUUUUCCACCAUUCGAGAAGAGAUCGCGCCGUUUGCCAAGUUCGCCUCUGAUGCGGAGCAUUUAAAGGUGGACAUAGACAGCCUCUUGAAGCACUGCCCAGUACUCAAAGCCACCUUCUUCGAAACAAUGAGAUUCUACACCUCAGGACUCUCAUACAAGAAAGUUCUUCAGGAUGUGAUAUUGACCGAAAGCGCGGAGGACGCUGCCACGUUUGGCAAACCAAUGCCGCAGACUUACCAUAUAGCGAAAGGAAACUUCCUCGUCAUACCACACGCAGUGAUGCAAAUGGAUCCACGCAUCUGGGACCGCCCUACCGAGUUCAACCCUCACAGGUUUCUCGUUCCCGACGGAACGACUCCGAAUAGGAUGCGCGCAGAAAUGGGCAAUUUGCAUUCGUUUGGAGGCGGGGCUUCUGUCUGUAAAGGCAGGUUCUUUGCAGAGCGAGAAGCGUUAAUUUUUACUGCUGGCCUGCUGGUCACAUGGGAUUUCAGUCCUGUUGAUGGCGGUCAGUGGAAAAUACCUGGGAAGUCGUAUAAUGGUACUGGAAGCGCGAAUCCGAAGGGCAAUGUACGGGUGCGGAUGAGGAGACGAGUGUAG